AUGGACAAUAGAUUCAGAAAUCUGGCAUAUUCAAUAUUGGAAGACUACCAGGAUCACACAAAAUUUUAUACCGAUGGAUCUAAAACUGAAACAGGAGUAGGGGCAUCGGUAUACUACAACAAUGUAAUAAAAAUGAUCAAACUCCCUAAUUUCUGCUCCAUUUUCACAGCUGAAGCUCUUGCGAUCUCACACGCACUUGAGAUAGUUAAACAACAAAAGAUAGACCAAGCACUAAUACUAAGUGACUCUCUUAGCGCUCUAAAGAGCAUCUUAAAUACAAAACAACCUAACACCAUAUCCAGAAUAAUCCAAAAUCAGAUCUCUCUACUAAAUAUUAAUAAUCAAAUCAUUACGCUGCUAUGGAUCCCCAGCCACGUUGGAAUACCAGGCAACGAGACAACAGACAUCUAUGCCAAAAGAGCCAUAACUUCCCCUGAUGCCAUCUCUGUCCAAACAUGUUCUCUGAGUGACAUCAAGGGCGUCAUACAGGCCCUGACACUGGAAAAGUGGCAAUAUCGUUGGGCUUCUUCACAAACAAAACUAAACGAAAUAAAACUCUCCAUUAACCCUUGGCCAACUUACCUCACCAAUAGACGUCAUGAAGUAAUAAUCAAUAGACUUAGAAUCGGACACACCUGGCUUACACAUCGCCAUCUCAUGAGACGAGAAGACCCAGACUUAUGUACAACUUGUGGGGAAGCUCUAACUGUCAAACAUAUCCUCCUAUACUGUCGAAACUACGCAGACACCAGAACAGCCCUAAGUAUACCUGAGCAUCUAUAUGAAACACUUGGACCCGAUCAUGAAAAUACUGUUAAAAUCAUAAAGUUCCUUAAAAUAACCAAAUUGUAUAAUCUUAUCUGA